AUGGCAAACCUUCCGCAGACACCGUUCAGCUUCAGAGCUGGGACUCCCGGGGGCGGCUACACGCUUUGGCCAGGAGUCAAGCGUCGUGAUAACGAUGGUGAUUCGAGGUUGGACGUAGAAUCGCGGGACAGCUUCAUCAGAGUCAAUGGUGCCUUGCCACCCACUAAAUAUCAUCGGGUUGCAAAAGAGAUACCACCCAAGAGGCCUCGAAGGACUCGCCGGAGAAAUUCGUCCCCAGAAAAUUCCAAUGCCAAUUCAACACAUACGCCCCUGGUCCCAUCCGACCUCAACCCACCAGAUUUCGCUUCGAAUGGCAAUCCCUUCCUUGACCCUGGACCGCAACUUCCUCCACCACCUUCGGACGAUAUUGACCAAUUUCUCAGACUCCGUGAUGGCAACGAUUUCAUGUUCGUCGAUGAUAAACCUAGUGGUACUCCCCACGACAAUGAGGUUGGCUACAACCCGUGGGGCGGUACAAGGGAAAAUAGCCCAGUUGACUAUGCCUCGUGGGGCGGCUUAAGCGAUUCUAUGCAUGCAUAUGUACCAAGCCCUGGUCAGGGGGACGAAAUGACUGUCGAUUCUGCCGAAUGCACUGAAUGGGAUGGUAUACGUGGUGCGAACGGCGGUAAUCACCAAAAGCUGCCAGAAAAUACGUCGCAUACGUUAACUGAAACCGACCCCUCCAUUGAAGCUCGAUUGGAAGGCGCUGCCCGUACUGGGCGUGGCAGUCCAGUCAAUGCGACCCCGCAGAUAGCUCCUACCACCAACGUUGGGGAACAGUCCUCUAAUCCUCCGAUCGCCCCCAAUCCACCAGACCUUCGCGACAAAGAACACAUCACUGCUGCUGAUUCAGGCACAGAAGGGGCCAGCCUGCUUCCCAAUGGGAGUCCCAGUGUUCAUCUGCCGCCCGGGAUACCACAGCAAGCUAGGGAACCAGUUUGCCUUGAAGACGCUGGCCGUGCUGGACAUGGCAGCCCAGUCAACCUGAUGUCACAGAAAUCCCUUACCGCAAACGUUGGAGAACAUUCCCCCACCCCUCCAAUUGAUUCCAAUCCACCACACCAUCAUGACGACGCGAACCCAGCGAUCGGCGUAGGUUCCAACGCAGUUUGGGGCGGCCUUCAUCUGAAUCCCAGCGGUACUCCCAGCGUUCAGGUGCCGCCUCUCAAUCCACCGGACCGUCAUUACGACGUGAACCACAAUAAGAGUGCAGCCAUGGUCGUAGACUCCAACGCAGAAUGGGGCGGCCUUCAUCGGAAUCCCAGCGGUACUCACAGCGUUCCGCUGCCGCCUGAAGACGCCGUCGAUGCGACUGCUGGCUGGAAAAGAGUCACGAAGCAAGUUCGGUUUGCGGACCCUGGCCGUCGCGGCCACGACAGUCCCGCCGUCAAACCAAGUGGGUGGAAAGGGUACACCACUAACGUUUGGAGUCAACUGUCUACUUUCCCUCCCGAUUCCAAUCCACUCAACGAACAUCGUACAAACAUGGUCGUUGACUCCGACACAGGACGGGGUGGACUACAACCCCAUGGAGGCUUGCCUACUCCUCCCUCAACCAAAUCUAUCCCCCCCACCACUGAACGGGGUGGCCUACCACCGCGUGCUCAACAAUUGACCUCCGGUCGUUCCCAUCAGCGGAGGAGGAAUGUUGAAGUUGAAGAGGUUAGUGAUAGCGACGACGGUAACCUCCAUCGUGGCCGACGCGACAAUCGUGCUGCCAAUCUCGACAUGCAAUGGGAUGGACUGCGAGGGUCGUAUGACGGCUUAUCAACUCCCGAAAAUGGUCGCGUCAGCGGUAUCCACCAUCGCCGCGUUACCAAGAACACCCCAGUUGAAGACGCUCGCGAUAGCGAUAACGGAAGCGACAUGUCUCUCGAAGACUCUCAACGUAGAACUACCCCCAGGAGCGAGACAGCCGCCAAUGAUUUGGAUUACGUCUACCACAGACUUAUGCAAACACCUGACACACCAGCAACAUAUCAAGACUUAGGUCGGGUGAUAGCACUCACCAAACAGCUACCCACGCCCUCGCCAAGUCCACGACGUCGCGGGCAACGCCAGUCUGGUCCCAAGGGCGGACAUUCAGACCAAGGAAACGACUCCGACGAAGAAGACUUAUGCUUUGACCCACGCCGCAAAUCCUCCUUUCUCAACCGUUUACAUGAUGAUAUGCGUGAUUAUUGCGAUAUCACGCUUCUAAACUUAGCAGAACGACCAAUCGCAGUGCCAACCCCGCGACAAAUCGACGAUUUUGCUAACAACAAGCAAGAUGGUCCAAGGCUUGAAGCUUUUUGCUUGGACCUCGAUACUACCCGCUGGAGGUCUUCUCUCUGGAAUAAAGCGGCAAGUGUACUUGUUGCAGAGGAAUUCAUCAAGGAGGAUGAAUACGAAUGCAAGAACAAGAAGCUUGUCCGCAAGGCCUUCAUGACUCAUCUUGCCCAGCUUCGCAACCGCUUUCUAGCUAGUGCCCACGCGGCAUUACCUCCUGAUGAAGCCACUACCCUGGAGCUUGCCAGAGCGGCCAAAAAACUGCGACAAGAGAAUCGACGUCGAGCACUUCGUCAACGCCGCAGUGACGCUAUCAAGAAAAUGCAGUUCAAACUUCCGGCCGGAGAACAAUUGGAAAAAUUGACGCUGUUCGAGGGCAUCAUUCAGCGCAUGUCUCAUGAGGCGAUGAGCGGGGAUGAAUCCGACAACGAUAUGGGUGUAUACGCCGUGAAAAUUCCGCCUUGGCGUUCAAAAGACCCGAAAGUUACGAAAUGGUUUUCCACACUCGACGGCCUCUACCUUUCCACCCGGUUCACUACAGCUGACAAACCCAAGAGCGGUCCGUUUCCACACAAGAGAGUGAGGACUGCGAGAGCAAGAGUUGACCACGAAGCCUCGCCUCCUAAAGGACUUCCCCGGAACUUUUAUGACGAAGGGUACCUCCUGACACUCGAUGAGCAAGAAAGGGAGCAGCUGGUGAUUCGGAAUGAAGUCGAUCUGAGGUUCCCGCCAAACCUAGAAUACAAAGCGGCUAGAUUUGUCGUCGUCCAUAGCGCCCAUCGAACACCACUACCCCGAAACCACCCUUCGCUCCCGCCAAACCCCAACGUCUCCAUGCCAAAUUCCAACGACUCCAACCAAAGUCACCAUGCUUCAGGUUCCAGGCAACACUAUCGACGAAGAAGCCUCUUUUUCCUUGCUUCGGGGUCCGUGGCCAGCCUUUUCCUUCUGUCUUCCCUCUCCUCGCCAUUUUGCAGCCACGGCCGCUUUCUCUCCGCCACCACCCUUUGUAAUACUAUAUCCAGUUCAACAGACGCAUUCAUCAGGCUGUCGGGAUUGUCAAAGGAGCUGGAGCAGCAUUCGACACAAUUCCAAGGAUACGCCUCCCAGGCAGCACCGUUAAUCAAUAACUUGACCGAUGUCUACAUAGAGACGAGGAAGAUCCUGCUCCUUGUCGAUGCCAGCCAGCUUCCUUCGAAGGAAAUGAUAUCAACUUUGCUCCUCCACAACUCGAAUGACAUCAUGCAAUUGACAAAGAAUCUCGAAGAGCUCCGGGUUGUGAUACAGGGUGGAUCUGAUCAGAUCAAGUCCCUUGACAGAUAUGUUGCAAGAAGCGCGAGCCCCCUCGCGAAGUGGAUAGGAUCCGAUUCAGCCUUCUGCACUCUAGCUGUUGCCGCCAUAAGCACUCGUGUGUGUGUGGCUACACCACCUGCUUCCACCGUUCUUGAAGACAUCGUCUCUGCAUUCCAUUCGCUGUCCACACGCGUCGCAUCAGCAUCACUAUCACUUCUGUCUAUUCUCCUGCGCAUCGACACAAGGUUGCUUGACAUAGGCAAACUUCUCAACAAUGACGGGGGUUCUCGCCGUCAAAGCUACGAGACACUUUUAGCUCGCCUCUGGAGUUUCUUGGGAGGCAAUAGGAGCGAGUUAGCAAGUCUCUUAGCUGAUCUGGACACAAUCCAUCAGGCAAGGAUCUAUGUUCUGGCCGCGACACGUUUCAAUUUUGAUACCCUUCAAGCAGUUGAACGGAUGCGCAAUCGAGCCAAUGGGGGCAGUAUCGGAAACAAUAUCGAGGGGCUGAAUACAGCCGUAGAGAUUCUGCAGAAUUCAGGCCUCCUUAUUUCUGAAUCACGCCUUGUAAUGUAA